AUGGAGAAGUAUGAGAAAAUCGGGAAGAUAGGAGAAGGAUCUUAUGGGGUCGUCUUCAAGUGCAGGAACAAGGACACGGGACAAAUUGUCGCCAUCAAAAAGUUUGUGGAGUCGGAAGAUGAUCCCAUUAUUAAAAAGAUUGCCUUGCGGGAGAUAAGAAUGCUGAAACAACUGAAGCAUUCUAAUCUGGUCAACCUGAUUGAAGUUUUUCGGCGGAAGAGAAAGCUACAUCUCGUGUUUGAAUACUGUGACCACACUGUUCUCAAUGAACUGGACAGAUAUCCCAGAGGUGUUCCAGAGCACCUGGUGAAGAGCAUUAUCUGGCAAACCCUCCAGGCCGUUAACUUCUGCCACAAACAAAAUUGCAUCCACAGAGACGUCAAACCGGAAAACAUCCUCAUUACCAAACACCAGGUCAUCAAACUCUGUGACUUUGGCUUUGCCAGGAUACUCACGGGCCCCUGUGAUUAUUACACGGAUUAUGUGGCCACACGUUGGUACCGGGCCCCGGAGCUGUUGGUGGGAGACACACAGUACGGCCCCCCAGUGGACGUGUGGGCGGUGGGCUGCGUGUUCGCUGAGCUGCUCUCCGGUGCACCUUUGUGGCCGGGAAAAUCAGAUGUGGACCAACUUUACCUCAUCAGGAAAACACUGGGAGAUCUGAUCCCCAGACACCAGCAGGUCUUCAGCAACAACCAGUUUUUCAGUGGAGUGUGUGUUCCUGAGCCUCAGGAAAUGGAACCUCUGGAGCAGAAACACCCAAACAUCUCAUACCAGGCACUGAGUUUAAUGAAGGGCUGUUUGAGAAUGGACCCUGCGGAGAGGUUGUCAUGUGAACAGCUCCUGGAACACUCGUACUUUGACAGUCAGCGCGAGGAACACGAGAGAGCAGCACGAGAACUCGACCGCACUGCCAAAAGACGAACGCGCCAGCCGCGAAAACACCUGCCGCCUGGCGUGAGUUACUCCCUCUCUCAGUAUUUGCCUCAGCUGACCAGCAGCAGCAUCUUCCCUGCUGUGGACAGCAGAAAAUACAACAACAACCUGCGUAAAUUCAACUACCAUUUCCCCAACAUAUAG